UCUUGUUGCUCUGAAGCGGGUAAAAUAUUGUGCACUUGUCCAGCAGGAGACAAGUAUUUUCUUGUGAAGGCCUUUUCUUUGGAAAAUAAACACUGUUUUGCUGGAAACAGUGAAGUGAUUUAUUUUUUAAAUACAUUUUCUGUGUUAGUUGUUCAAGUUCCUGUACCAAAUAUGCCAAGAGGCGGUAAAAAAGGUCACAAGGGUCGGGGAAAGCAGUUCAGCAACCCGGAAGAAAUCGACAGACAGAUGAAAGCACAGAGAGAGCUGGAGGCGAAUGGCGGGGUAGAGAAGGAGGAGGAGAAGACAUCAGGAUCUGACGACAGCAGCAGUGAAGAGGAGGACAUUAACAAGAAGAAGAGUGGAGUGGAGGGAUUGAUCGAGAUAGAGAAUCCCAACCGCAUAUCGCAGAAAAGUAAGAAGGUGACCGAGCUAGAUGUCAACGCACCUAAAGAGCUGUCACGCAGAGAGAGGGAGGAGAUUGAGAAGCAGAAGGCAAAGGAGCGCUACAUGAAGCUACACCUGGAGGGGAAGACGGACCAGGCACGGGCCGACCUCGCCAGGCUGGCCAUCAUCAAGAAGCAGAGAGAGGACGCGCAAAAGAAGAGGGACGGCCUCAAAAAAGAAAAAGAAGCUGAAGACUCCAAGUCCAAGCGUUAGUCUCCUGUCUCCCGAGGACUUGGCCUGGCAAACGUUCUGGGGAGGCUGGAGUAACGAGAGAAGAUUGUAGGAGGGAGGGGAGGGGACCAAUACGAGGGUUGUCGGCUCAGGGGUACCGUGUGCUUGGGCUCCUGCCCUUCAUCUCUGAUGAGGGAAGGGUGUGAGCUGGGCGUUUUUGGAGGACACGGGAAGGGGGGGUGGAGGGGCACUUUGGGUACGCCUGUUUAGUUUCUCUGAAUAAUGUGAGGUUACAACGGCAGGUGUUCUAGUGUCUUCACUCCUCCCCUGUGUUCUUAUUCUAAAGCUGCUGGAGAUCAUUCUUUAAUUUUUACAUUUUAACACUGUUUACUUAUGAAUGGGAAAUGUUGGGAUGAUGAGGGGUUUGUAUACCUUCUCCUUCAUCUAACCUGUUUUAAGGUGAAUCAAGAGGAGGUGAUUGGGAUUGAGGAACACUAGUAAGAUCCAUCUUAUAUAGGAAGUCUUGGUUCUCUUUAUUAUUCUCUUGUUCUGGCCUUUGUCUCUACCGGCUGUGUCUUCAUUCACAACCUGACCAUUUUAAAGGCCUUUGGCCGCAAAGGAAAGAGCUGUCCCAGAGGCAGUAGUGUCUGACAAAACAUAUGUCAAGGAAUCAAUCACCCUUUAUGCCACUUAUCUGUAGACUGUUCAUUUCCUGGAGCUUUUAUUCUGUUGAAUGUGUUGGUUUUUCUACCCAGACAUGUUCAGCUGUUUGAGCUGUCACCUUGCUCUAAUUUCUCAUUAAACCACCUGGCAGUGUAACAUCUUGUAAAAAAAGUUAUAUUGGUAUAAAACGGGGCAUAAUGAUAUUUCACAAUAAAAUUUAAAAGCAUCGCUAUAGCCUCCUACUGUAUGUAUCUUUCUCAGCACUAUGGCUUUCUCUUGAAAGGGACCAUUAUUUUGUUCCCUUUGACAGUUUACACAAGACCAAGUCAAUGGUCGUGUUCCCCUGCUCAGACGUUGCAUGCAUCACCCAAUGGUUGCGUGCCAGUCAUGACGGUGCUAUGCUGUAGCGCAAUGGUUGGAACCUGAUAUGCCUUUAACAGGAAAGCAAUAUUCUCUGAAUGGAGGUUGUGGCGGAAACUAAUUUCUCUCUUGAAAACAUACAGUAUAUACAAAGUGUUUUAAUGUUUAUAAAAAGGACUCUCCAGGACUGAAAGGAUUGGUCGGAUAAUUGGUUGACUCGUCUAUUUGAAUUAAUUUGUUGUAUAGAAAUAAAUACAUUAAUAGAUGAAUGAAUAA